AUGCCCCGACAGUCGGAUAUGGAGGCCGUUGAGCAGAACUAUCACUACUGCUCACGUUGCAAGCUGGUGGUGCAUGACAUAAGUGUACACUGUGACAUUUGUGACGAGUGUGUCUUAGGCUAUGAUCAUCACUGUACCUUAUAUUUUGUUUUGCUCUCAGCAUAUUGUGGAAUUUAUGGAAUUCUUAAUGCCAUCAUUUCUUCUGCUUAUGCCUUGAAUAUGGUAUAUGUGUAUAUUCUGUCUACCUCGACUAGAGACUAUCGCCUUCUGGAAUUGUAUUGUUUAAUAUUUUAA